GCGGAGCCUGCUGCAGUUUAAAUUAAUGUCAACCUGCCUCCUCGCCGGGAGAACUCACUCAGAGCCGAGAGCGAAAGUACGUGCUCAGCGCAAACCUGCGAGCCGCUUCACACACACACACAGCAGCAGCAGCAUGGCUCGGCGGCCGAGGAACAGUGUUUACAGUAGUGAGGAGGAUGAGGAGGAGACCGAGAUGUAUGAACAUGAUUAUGAUGGAUCACUGGCCAAGGCAGGGAAACGCCACCUCGGCAAAACCCGCUGGACACGAGAAGAGGAUGAGAAGUUGAAGAAACUUGUUGAGCUUCACGGGUCGGAGGAUUGGAAACUGAUUGCAAGCUUAUUAACAAAUCGUACAGAUGUGCAGUGUCAGCACCGAUGGCAGAAGGUGCUGAACCCAGAACUCAUCAAAGGGCCCUGGACUAAAGAGGAGGACCAGAGGGUGAUUGAGUUGGUGCAGAAGUAUGGAGCCAAGCGUUGGUCGGUGAUCGCAAAGCACCUGAAGGGGCGAAUCGGCAAGCAGUGCCGUGAGCGUUGGCACAACCACCUGAACCCAGAGGUGAAGAAGACGUCGUGGACGGAGGAGGAGGACCGAAUCAUCUUCCAGGCACACGAGAAGCUGGGCAAUCGCUGGGCUGAAAUUGCGAAGCUGCUCCCGGGCAGGACUGACAAUGCAAUAAAGAACCACUGGAACUCCACCAUGAGGCGAAAGGUGGAACAGGAGGGCUACCUUCAGUGCGCGUCCAAGAACGGCAGCUCUGCGCUCUCCAUCGGCCACGGCUACGUCAAGUCCACCAAUCACAUCAUGGGUUUCUCCAGCCACUCGCCCAGCCAGACGCAGCUGCCUCCCUUGUCGCCGCACAACUACACCUACAUCUCCAACACACACAGAGUGCCUUUCCCCAUGGCGUUGCAUUUGAACAUCCUGAACAUUCCCCCGCACGGCACUGCUGCUAUACAGAGACACUAUAGUGAGGAGGACCCUGAGAAGGAGCAGAGGGUGAAGGAGAUCGAACUGCUGCUCAUGUCAACAGAAAAUGAGCUGAGGGGCCAGCCGUCACUACCAAUGAAUUUGCCCUAUCCGAGCUGGGCGAGCCAGAGCUCUCUGACCAACAGCUCCGAGGGUGUGGCUAUGUUGUUACCUCAUCACCAGGCCGCUGCCCCUGCCCUGCCUCUCAACCAGAGCUGCCUACCGGAGGAGAGCGCCUCCGCAACACGUACCCACAACAACAACAACAACAACAACAACAACAACAACAGGAACAGUCAUCACAGUAGCCCAACGUUCUCAAAUACUAUUCCAGAGUUCAUGGAAUCUGUCAUUGAUUCAAGCCUCUCCUCAUUGGGUGAGGCCACUACCAGUGAGCACUUGGAUAGGAGCACUCUCAGAACAGAAAGGGUCUUAACCAAUCAGGCCUCAAGAACUGCUCACGGAGCUUGGGCGGGUUUCAUCUGCUCAACUCCCAAGCCUUCGCCAGUCAGAAAUCUACCCUUUUCACCCUCACAGUUUCUCAGCCAGUCAAUGAGCCCAGAACACUCCGACAACGACAGUUUACCGAUGAACUCGCCCGUGGACUCCAAGCCCCUGAUCAGGCCACAGAAAGAGAAUGAAAUGUUCAGAACUCCAACCAUUUGCCGUUCCAUCAUGGAGUCGUCGCCUCGCACACCCACGCCUUUUCGGUCAGCUCUGGCCCUGCAGGAAGCCAAGUAUGGACCCCUCAAACUACUGAAUGUCCCUUUAGAGCAGCAGAUGGUCAACUCUAUCAAGCAGGAGCCGAUGGAGUGUGCCAUUGAGCAGCCUCCUCUGAAGAAGAUAAAACAAGAGGUGGAGUCCCCUUGUGAGAGUAGCCCGUGUAUGCAGUGGGAAGCACAAGACCUUAACACACAGCUCUUCUCCCCCAACGGUCCAGCACAGGAAGUCCCUGACCUACUUACCAGCUCAUUACUGAGUGAAGAUGGACACAAAAUCUACCACCUCCCUCGCAGAAGCAUGGGCAGCCCACUACAGCUCAGUACCUGGGAGCAGGCGACCUGUGGGAAAACCGAGGAGCACGUUUUGGCCUCCGAGCAGAGCCACAAGUACAUCAACACUUAUACCACGAGGACACUGGUCAUGUAGACGCCGGGGACACGUGUCGGUCUGGAAACGUCAACACUCAGUGCGCUGGACGCAGCGUGACGGGUUUCAUAUUUGUUGUGGUACAACAGUUGGGAGAGGCUCUAUGCCACUGGUGUUUUUACACUCACACUUGUUGGAUUUCAACCAACCAAAGACUAUUACUAUUUUUUCUUUUUUUCUUACAUCUUUUACAUAGAAUUUGCUUUGGGUUUUUAUAAAUGUUUGUCCUAUCACUCUUGGUCUCUGUAUUAUCAAUGUUGUAUUAUAAAUGGGAUAUGGUGGCUAUAUAAUUUGCGUUGGGCUGUAUUAUUAAUUCCGAAUUUUUUUAUAUUAAUAUAAAGAACAAGUUGAUUAAUUUAUUUCUUUUAUUUUUUUAUGAUUAUGACUUGAUGUUUUUUUUUCCUUUUACAAUUGGCCAAUGGAGCAGUGUUGUAAGUUAAGUAUUUAAGCCCGAUUAGCAUUAUCAUAUAUCUAAAGGCAUAUUAAUGAAUUCAAAAACUGACCUCUGAAACUUUUCUGUUGUUUUCGUUAUUGUUAAAUAGGAUAUAAUGGGUCUACUGAAAAUUUCAAGUGUUUGCUCUGUGCCAUCUCCUGUAAAUUUUGAACCCCUGAACUACUGAACAAGAGAUGUAACGUCUGUUCUGAAAUCAUUAUCCAACCAUGAAUUAUAAUGUCCUUCACAAUAGAAGGGGCCAGAGUUAUUAGUAUUACCUAAUUACCACGUUGGCACCUUUAUUUAUACACAGACACAUAUAUUUAUAUGAAUUUAAAAAUGUUAAAUGAGCUACUGUUUGAAACCAUGAGCUUUUACCCAGUAAAAGAAGAGACCAACCUGCACUUGAGUUUUAUAUUCUCCAUACAAAAAGCAAGAGUACUAAACACUUAUGUUUUAUAUUAUGCUAUAAACAAAAGCCCAUUUACAAACUUUUGUGUGGUUGUUCACUGAAUAGCUUUGUAUUUCUUUUUAUAACGCAUAUUCAAUCAGCAUUUUUACAUAUUUUAAUAUCUUGUUUUUAUACUAACUCUUGAGCAAAAGUGAUUUUAUAAAAGCAUUUAUAAAUGGCAAGUUUUGAUGGUUGUGUUGUUUUUUUAUACUUUUCUAUACUGCCUAGUAAAUAAAGUGUGUUGUUUUAUUACA